GCUCGCUGGAGGACGCUGCUCCGCCACAGACCAACCUAACUAAAAACCAUGACCUCGGGCUUCGCGACGGUCAAGGGCGUCACGUCCGGCGACACGCUGCUGCUGGUGGGCCGCGCGGCGGCGGGCCCGCCGCCUGAGCUCCAGCUGACGCUGAGCGGCGUCGCCGCGCCGCGGCUGGCCAAGGGCUCGAACGCCGUCGACGAGCCCUUCGCCUGGGCGGCGCGCGACUUCCUCCGGAGGCUCGCGCUGGGCAAGGCCGUGAGCUUCCGCGUCGACGGCGAGGCCGCGGGCCGGUCGUUCGGCGCCGCGUGGCUCAAGACCGGCGCGGGCGAGCCCGAGUCGCUGGCGCUCCUGCUCGCGCGGGCGGGGUGGUGCCGCGCGCAGGCGCCGGCCAAGGGCGGCGGCGGCGACGACGAGGCGCUGCGGGCGGCCGAGGCCGACGCUCGCGCGGCGGGGCUCGGCGCGCACGCGCGCGCGGCGGGGCUCGGCGCGACGCGGCGCGUCCAGUGGACGGGCUGCGACGCGGCCGCGCUGGCGGGGACGUCGCGGCGCGCGCUCGUCGAGCACGUGCGCGACGGGUCGUACCUGCGAUGCCUCGUGUACGGCGGCCCCGAGGACGCGCCGCACGCCGACAUGGCGGUCGUCGGCGUGCGCCUCGCGGGCGUCCGCUGCGGCCGCGUGCCCUUCGCGCCGGCGGGCGGCGACGCGCCGGCCGGCGCGCCUCCGCCGCCGCCACCGCCGGCGGAGCCGUUCGCGCUCCAGGCCAAGCACUUCGUCGAGGCGCGGCUGCUGCACCGCGAGGUCGUCGUGCGCUUCGCGGCGGCGGCCGACGGCGCGGCCGGCGGCGCGCCCGUGGGCGACGUCGCGCACGCGGCGUCGGGGCAGCGCGUGGGCGUCGCGCUGCUGCGCGAGGGCCUGGCCAAGCUCGACGAGCGCGCGCUGGCGGCGCUGGGCGACGCCGCGCUCGCGGCGACGCUCCGCGCCGCCGAGGCCGAGGCGCGCCGCGACAAGCGGCGGCUCUGGCGCGCGUACGAGAAGCCGAGCUUGGGCGGCGGCGGCGCGGACGACUUCGAGGGGCACGUCGUCGAGGUCACGUCGGGCGACACGCUCGUGGUGGGCGACGCGGCCGGCGUCGAGCGCCGCGUCUCGCUCUCGUCGUGCCGCGCGCCGCGGCCGGGCCACGACAAGAGCGGCCGCGCCGGCGAGCCGUGGGCCGCCGAGAGCCGCGAGGCGCUGCGCCACGCGGCCGUCGGGCGCCGCGUCCGCGUCGUCGUCGAGCAGGUCCGCGACGUGCCCGUCGCCGGCGGCGGCGACGGCGGCGCCGACGCGCCGACGCGGCGCCUCGUCCUCGCGAGUGUGCGCCUCCUGCCCGACGCGCGGCCGGGCCGCGAGCCGCGCGCCGUGCCCGAGGACAAGCAGCGCGACGUCGCCGAGGCGCUCGCGGACCUCGGCCUCGUCCGCGUCGUGCCGCCGCGGUCGAGCGAGGACCGCGCCGCGCGCUACGACGCGCUCGCCGCCGCCGAGCAGCGCGCGCGCGAGAAGAAGCUGCGGCUCCACUCGGGCCGCGCGCCGCCGCCGGGGCCGCGCGUCGCGGACCUCGUCGGCGACGCGCGCCGCGCGCGGACGUUCCUGCCCGCGCUCCAGCGCGCCGCGACCGUCCGCGCGACCGUCGAGGCCGUCUUCUCGGGCAGCCGCGUCAAGCUCCGCGCGCCGGCCGAGGGCUGCGCGUUCGUCUUCGGCCUCGCGUGCGUCCGCGCGCCCGCCGCCGCCGCGCGCGGCCGGUCCGGCGACGCCUGCGGCGACGAGGCCCGGGCGUUCGCGCGCCGGCACCUCCUGCAGCGCGUCGUCGACGCGCGCGUGCUCGACAUGGACCGCCACGGCGUCGCGCUCGGCACGCUGCGCCUCCUCCCCGAGGACGCCAAGCGCUCGCGGCACGCGCCGGCGCCGCCGGGCGCGCCGGCCGUCGCCGCCGCCGACGACGCGUUCGAGAGCCGGCUCCUCGCGCGCGGCCUCGGCCGCCUGGACGCGCGCCGCGCCGACGCCGGCGCCGCCAAGGCCUGGGGCGCGCUCGAGGCGGCCGCGCAGGCCGCCCGGCUCGGCCUCUGGGCGCACGAGGCGACCGCCGAGGCCGCGGCGGCCGCGGCCGCGCCCGCCGCGCGCGCGGCGGCGCCCUGGCGCGGCCGCGCGGCCGAGGUCGUCGACGGCGCCACGCUCUACGUCCACGCGGACCCGCCGGCCAAGCUCGACGCGGUCCUCGCCGCCAUGAGGGCGUUCGCGCCGCCCGCGACGGCGGCGGCGGCCGCGCACCGGCGCAACGCGGUCGUCGCCGCGCAGUUCGACGACGGCUCGGGCCUCGGGUGGUACCGCGCGCGCGUCGUCGAGGUCGGCCCGGGCGGCGCGACGUACGCGCUCCGCUACCUCGACUUCGGCAACCUCGAGGCCGGCGUGCCGGCCGCCCGCGUCGCGCCGCUCGACGCCGCGCGCGCGGCGCUGCCGCCCGCCGCCGUCGAGUGCCGCCUCGCGCACGUCCGCGCCGCCGCCGUCGACGACGAGGCCGGCGAGGCCUGCGCGCGCGCGCUCCACGAGCUCGUCUGGGGCAAAGGCCUCGAGCUCGCCGAGGUGCCCGGCCGCGCCGACGGCCCGCGCUUCCGCGUCCGCGUCGUCGACGGCGUCGCCGAGGCCAAGGCCGGCGGCGACUCGCGGCCGACCGUCAACGAGCAGCUCGUCGAACGCGGCCUCGCGCGCGUGCCCGGCGCCUCCAAGCACGCCGCCGACGACCUCGCGGUCGCCAUGCGGGCGCUCCAGCUCGGCGCGCGCGCCGCGCGCGCCGGCGUCUGGCGCUACGGCGACUGCGACUUCUCCGACGACGAGAAGUAG